AUGGCUGGAAUGCUUCCCAUCCCACCGGAUGAUCUCCGUUGCCGUAGACAUGGCGGCAAAACAUGGCGUUGCAGUGGAUGGAGAAUACACAACAAGUCCCUUUGUGAGUUUCACUUUCUUAAACGAUGCGACGUUAAGCAAGGAACAUCACAUGGCCAUGUUCAAUCAUCAGAAAGGGGGAAUGGAAAUCGAAAGUUUAAAAGAUGCCAUCAAUGUAACCGGAUUGACGAAAGAGUUGUGGAAUGCCGCAAAUGCAGACGCAAAUGCUAUUGCCUUUCAUGCAUCCAGACACGGUACUCAUCAGUGACAGAGGAAGCUAUUGCAGAGUGUUGCCCAUUUUGCAGUGGAAAUUGCAACUGCAAAGCAUGUUCAUGCCAGAAUCAAAUGGGUACUGGCAAUGUUGAAGUUGAAAUGCAAGUAAGUAGAGGGGAAGGAAAGUUUCAAUGCAAAGAGAAAUCUGAUGAUGAAGAGAACUACAAUGGAAAAACAGUUAAUUUCGAUUUGUUUUAAGUUCAAUUAAUCAUUGCUACCUUGUAUCACUAACUUAUCCUUGUGACUGAUUAUAGGAUACCAGCAAUAUCGAAGUUGAAAUGCAACUGAA